UACCAGCAGCAAAGGCUUAAGUGAUUUGCCGUGAAAAUCGAGAGGACCAGAACAGCGAUGCCUUUAGAGGUAAAAACAAUAUUGCGUACACCCUUCUACGAUGACGUGCCACGUGCCUACGUACGCAACGGUGAAAAUAUCAGCGAUUCUACGCUCUUUGGACCGUACGCGCAGACCAUUUGGAAUUUUGCCAAUCGGCAUCAAAUGUUUUUGGAAAUCAAUCGCGAUUUAAGUGAAAACUACUCGGAGACCUACGAACGCAUACAUAACGGCGAGUAUAACCUGGCGAUGAAUGGCGCAACGCUGGUCAAUCAUGUGAAGCUUAAUGUACAAUUUAGUUAUCCACUUUAUUGGGUGAAGAACUGUAUAAUGGUGCCGCUGGAGGAUGAGUUGCCCAAGUAUUGGUAUAUCGUAUGGCCUUUCGGACGCUACAUCUAUUCGUGUCUACUUUUUGGCAUCUUCUACAUAGCUAUACUUAUGCGUUACAUCGAAUAUCCGACCAAUGCCACGAAGCCCACGCGUUCAAUCACACGUAAUAUACUGCACAGCAGCGCAAUCAUAAUGUUUAGCUCGAAUAUGAAUGUACAGCUGAAGAAUGCACACAUACGCGUACUCUUCUUCUACAUGUUACUUUUCGUAUUCGGCUUUAUAUUGGCCGCCUAUCAUGCGCCCUACUUGACCGCCUAUAAUAUGAAGCCCGUCUUUGUGCCGCCCAUUAACACGGUCGACGAUCUACUGAACGCUAAUAUUAAUGUGCUAAUCACAUUGAGUGACUUUGCGGAGAUUAAGCAUAAUAGUGUUGAGCACAUACUCGCGCUGUCGCGUCUACUGCGUGAGCUGCCAUGACAGGAGUUUCAGGAUGUCUUAGACAAAUUGAAUCGCAAUUACGCUUAUGUGGUAACAGAGGAUCAAUGGAAUUUUCUAAAUCGCCAACAACGCAUACUCAUACAGCCAUAUUUUCAUCUCUCAAAGAUCUGUUUCGGCACUGUCUUCAAGGCUAUACCAAUGCAACGCGAUGCCGUUUGGUUUGAGACGCUCAAUUUAUUCAUUUUAAUUGUACGCGAAUCGGGUCUUUGGGGUCAAUGGGAGGAGCGCGCAUUCAAUGAAGCUGUACGUGCUAAAUAUGCACAAAUAUUUACCGACACCUAUCCGGUAGAAUCUUUAAAUUUGCGUUUCUUUACAAUUGCGUGGAUCGUCUUGGCUUCAGGGCUGCUCUUAAGCUCAUUGGUAUUCGCCAUCGAAUAUUACAUCUAUAAACAUUACAGCGUCAAACCGGUGGAAUACCAACGCUUCGUGUAUUAGCGGCGCGGAUUAUGAUUCCUUAUAUUAUUAUAUUUUCUAAAAUUAAAAUCAACUUAGAUUUGAUAACACUAACUAUGCGACACUAAAUUAUGAAAGCUACUAUAUUCACCAAUGACAUAAACAAAAACUAAUAUUACUUUAUUUGCAAUGUACCGAGCAAAGUUACGGUUAUGGAAAGAGAAGAGAAAGAAAGGAAAAAGCUCAUUAACGCAUUUUUUGUUAGUGUUGCUAUUUCUAACCAUUACUUUCACUAUGUGCUGAACCUUAGUAUACCAAUUGUAUAAGUAUACUAUACUCAAAUUCCUAUAUGUAUGUACUUGUAACAGAGAGUCUGUUACCAACAGCGAGCCAAUGAGGGCAAUGCACUGCUCAUUGUUAUUGUUGUGCAGAGUCUCUUACCAACAGCAGGCCAAUAAGCGCACAGCAUUGCUCUUUGCUCUCACCUCGCACCAUCAUAGAGCCAAUGAGCACACAGCAUUGCUCUUCAUGCAACACAAGAAAAAAAUAACAGUAUACUUCAUUCACAUUCAUCAACGAAGAAGGAUUACAAGAAAAUAAUAACUUGAAAAGAAAACA